AAUAGCGUUAACAGCAAAAGAAAGAGAAAGACAGAGAGAGUUAAGAUCUGCAGCGACGCGGCUCUCUCUUGCUUCUUACUCUCUCGGCUCAGAUCCACUCCACGCCGAUCACAAUUCUCCGCCAAAAUUGAAUUUUGAGUCUUCCUUUUUUCAUGAACUCUUCCUCACCGACAGGUGACGGUGGGUGAUAAUAACAUGGAGUGGGGUGUUAAUAAUCACUACAGAACUUACAAAGUAGACGACAAUAAAUCCAUGAUGGAUGUGGCACUCAUUUCAAACAUGGAUCCAGUAAAUAUUGGCCUUGGUUGUUCUGAUAAGCCAAUUCCUGUCACUUCACUGAAGCCAAGAAAGAAAACAAUGACUUCAGUUUAUUUGAAGUUUUUUGAGACAGCUGCUGAUGGGAAGACUCGGAGAUGCAAGUUUUGUGGACAGAGCUAUUCUAUUGCAACCGCCACAGGAAAUUUGGGAAGGCAUCUUGCUAAUCGCCAUCCGGGUUAUGAUAAGUCAGGGGAUGCUGUCAGCAAUUCAGCAGCCCCGCCCGCUGCUGUGGUCAAGAAGUCUCAGCCUCAAGGAAAAGCAAACCAGGUAGAUUAUGAUCAUCUAAAUUGGUUGCUCAUUAGGUGGCUUGUUUUAGCUUCUCUCCCCCCUUCAACUCUGGAAGAGAAGUGGCUUGUAAAUUCCUACAAGUUUUUAAAUCCAUGUAUACAACUUUGGCCAAGUGACAAGUAUAGAACUGUACUUGAUGAAGUUUUCAGAAGCAUGAGGGAAGACGUAAGAGUAUUGUUAGAACAGGUUUCUUCCAAGUUCUCCAUCACACUUGAUUUCUGGACUUCCUUUGAGCAGAUAUUUUAUAUGAGUGUAACAUGUCAGUGGAUUGAUGAAAACUGGUGCUUUCAGAAGUUGCUUCUCGAUAUCUGUCGCAUACCCUAUCCUUGUGGGGGUGCAGAGAUCUAUCGUUCCCUCGUAAAAGUUCUUAAAUUUUACAAUAUUGACAACAGAAUCCUGUCCUGUACUCAUGAUAAUAGUCCAAGUGCAAUGCAUGCCUGCGAUACUUUGAAACAUGACUUGGAUGGUCAGAAAAUAGGGCCGUUCUGUUAUAUUCCCUGUGCUGCUCGAACUUUGAAUAUGAUUAUAAAUGAUGGAUUGAGAUCAGCAAAACAAGUAAUUUCUAAGAUCCGGGAGUUCGUAAUAGAGUUAAAUGCCUCAUCAGUGAUCUCUGAGGAUUUUAUUCAAUUAUCUACAGCUUAUCAAGAAGGUACUUGGAAAUUUCCGCUUGAUGUUUCAGCAAGGUGGAGUGGAAACUACCAGAUGCUUGAUCUUGUUCGCAAGGCUGGUAAAUCAAUGGAUGCUGUAAUUCGUAAAUAUGAGGAUAUGCUAGGCAAUAGGAUGCUGCUGGGCUCUUCUGACAAAAGUGUGGUUAACAUCAUGCAUCAAUAUCUUGAACCAUUUUACAAAACCACAAACAACAUAUGCACAAGUAAGGUGCCAACAGUUGGGCUUGUCCUUUUCUUCGUGGAUCACAUCUCAGAAACAAUUGCUACCUGCAGAGAAUCACGUCACAGCCCAGAAUGGCUAAAAAGUGCUGCAGAUGAAAUGGCUAAAAACGCCAGAAAUUAUAUUAAUCAGGUUUGCAACAUAUUUACAUAUAUGACAGCAAUUCUAGACCCUCGAAUAAAAGGAGAGCUGAUCCCUGAUAGUUUAAACUCAGAAAAUUUUCUGGACGAAGCAAGAACUCAUUUUAUGAGAAAUUAUUCUACCAGCCAUUUCCCAUCCAUGAGUUCUGGAUACAAUGCACAAGAAAUUGAAGAUGGAGGUAGUGUUUCCUUUGCAGAGGAAAUAGCUCGCAAGAAAAGAAGGACAAGCAUGAGUUCUGCCACUGAUGAGCUUACACAGUACCUGUCAGAGGCUCCAGCUCCAAUACCAACAGAUGUUCUAGAGUGGUGGAAGGUCAACUGCACGCGCUACCCUCGGCUAUCUGUGAUGGCUAGAGACUUCCUUGCUGUGCAGGCAACUUCAGUUGUGCCUGAAGAGCUUUUCUGUGGCAAGGGUGAUGAAAUUGACAAGCAAAGAUUCUGUAUGCCAUAUGAUAGUACACAACCCAUUCUUUGUAUAAAGUCAUGGAUUCAGGUUGGCAUCAAGUUUAAGUUUAAGUCGACUGAGAUAGAUUAUGAGAGGUUGAUGGAACUGGCAGCAGCAGCUGCUGCUGCAACAGAUAAUAGCCCUGCAAGUUCUGACAAGAAGCAAAAAUAAUGAUAGAAGAUGGUGGCACAUAUAACCAAAUUAACAAGCAUCAUUACUGUCACUUUUAGAUUAUAUCUUGACUUGUGCUCAUUUUCGCUUAUCUUCAGAUUAGAAAAAGGUAAAGGGUGUUUUGUUCUUUGAAAACUUUA